CGUGUCGCGUCACGAGACCACGAGGCAGACAGGCUGCAGCACGCCCAAGGACGCCUGUCCGCGUUUGUUUCCGCUCUUUCAACAUCUGCCCUCUACGCCGGCAGCGAUGGCGAACUCAUGUGAGCCCCUCUGCCAUUUUGGUGGCAGGCUCUACUUCACCUCGUUUCCUCAUCCGGCCCCCAGACCAGAUGAUAUCAACCGUGGCGAGUCCAAUUGCAGGCCAUGCCUGCGCGGGCAGCUCCAGGCUUCGACAUCCGCGACCCCCGACGACGAUGCCAAGUACUACUACUUCACUAUCGACGACCAACUCGUAUAUCUGUCCUUCUUCCAGGACUGGGGUCCUUUAAACCUUGCGAUGGUGUACAAGGCCUGCAUUUUGAUUCACGAGUUGCUGCAGGACAAGGACUUGUCCUCGCAUCGGCUCGUCUUGUACAGCUCAAACGAUCCUCGGCGGAAGGCAAACGCGGCAUUGCUCAUGGCGCUUUAUGUGAUGAUCGUCCAACAUCGCCCGCCAUGGGAAGCGUUCCAUCCGAUUGCAGAGCUCGAGUUCAUGCCCUUCCGUGAUGCUGGACGUGGCAGGUCAGACUUUAACCUCAGUAUACAGGACUGCCUUUGGGGCAUCUACAAGGCCACGCAAAACGGUCUACUCGACAUGAACGAGUUCGACGUGGAAGACUACGAAUACUACGAGAAGGUCGAGAACGGCGAUUGGAACUGGCUGACCCCCAAUUUCAUUGCACUUGCUUCUCCGGUGGAUACGUAUUGGAUAAAGCGAGAAAAGGAGAAGCGCCUGCAUGAGUUACAGGGUAAUACGAUUCCUGCAUCUCCCACGAAAGGCGAACUGGCGUUACAGCGGAAACUGUCCACUCCAUUCCAGAACUGUCUUGAUUAUUUUGAGAAACGCAACGUCAAGCUUGUCGUCCGUCUUAACAACCCUCUGUACGACCGCCAAGUGUUCCUGGACCGAGGGAUCGGCCAUACGGAGCUGUAUUUCGACGAUGGCACAAACCCCACCGAUGAGAUCGUCCGGAGAUUCAUCGAUAUGGCAGACGAGGUUGUUGAGCAAGGGGGCGUCGUUGCUGUUCACUGUAAAGCCGGUCUCGGGAGGACUGGAACCCUAAUUGGAGCAUAUCUUGUUUGGAAAUACAACUUCACAGCAUCCGAAGCAAUCGCGUUCAUGCGUAUUGUUCGACCGGGCAGUGUCGUAGGUCCUCAACAACAGUAUAUGUACCUCAAGCAGCUCGAAUGGGCGAAAUGGGCUGCGGUAGACGAAAUGAAGCGAACAGAAGCUGCAACCACUGCGGUCGCGCUCCGUCAAACGGUGGUCACUCCAGCGACUCCACCGGCCGAGAGUGACGAAGAGGAGAACAUGAACAUGAUUACUGAGCUCACGACGACUACGACGAUGACUACGACGACUACAACCUCGCUAUCAAUACCGAAGACACCCCCACCAGCGAUAGUGCCACCAGUAACGCCUGCUCGACAUGUGGCGGCUGCUCAGGCACGAGCGAAGGCUAUAUCACCUCCGGGGCAACCACGGAAGACGCCCGCACCGAAACGCAGCUCUCUCGCGGUCGAGGACUCUGACGGAGAGAAGGAAGAAGCUGAUGUCCUUCCACAGUUGGGCGUAGCACCACCUGUCAGGCGGACUAGACCCAAGCCCGUUUCUGCCCAGACACGGAUGGUCGGCCCACGCAUAACGGCGUCGGAGCAGAGACCAACGCGAGUGACACGCUCAACUGCUGCGGCUGCUGCGAACAAGCCUAUGGUCGGACUCGCGUCCACUACAACGAUGAUGACAACAGCUAGGACGCUCCGGUCGGGUAAUGGCCAAGCACCAAACAAGAUACCACGGUUAGCGAACGGCGCAGCUGCGCGAAAUAACGCAGCUUCGACCCCGGCAGUCAACCCAACAACGGCAACGCGGCGACAACCACGCGCGCCCCCUUCACCCGUGCCAUCUCGCCUGCCAACGCUGGUUCCCACACGGCGGGGGAACCAUCAGUCGACAACAUCAGUACAGGAAAGCCCUGCCGCCAUCGCUGCAGUCGUCAAGGCUGCACAGGCACAACAGCAGAACGCAGACUGGAUGACGAACAACGCCUCGCAGGUCGUCGAGAAGAGCUCGAAGUCCGAGCGCCCCAAUCUGCGGCCCAUCCGCCGCCGGCGUAGCAGCUUCAGCGCGGCUGACGUUGUCGCAUGAUCGUCGCUCUCUAACACGGGAUGGCCUUUCCAGCUGGACCUGGGACCGCACCACUUGCUCGCUCUUUUCCUUUAAGUCGCGUAAUAUGGCUGGUUGCUUGUAAAUUUAUAUAUCGUUCUUGAAUUCCUCAACUCUCACGUUGUAUAUAUCCAUGGCGUAUCUUUUGGUAGCUCAUCAGUCGUAUACUGGCACAGUUACCCAUAUACUCUGGUUCCCUGGCCUAUCUUCGUACUAUUUCCGUGACACAUCUCCAGUCCCUUCGUUUGCAUAUUUCUUGCGUCUUAGCUUUGGCACGACUACCACACUCCUUUUCAGUCUCAUUUCUCUCGCUCUUAACGAUCUCACCUGGCGGGACAAUGCCACCGUCGUGUAUCAAUUAUCACCUCUAGAUUGCCUAUGUACCAUGCACUAGCAGAUCUCGUCAUUCAGCAGGAAUAUACGGAGGUUUACCCGGCAUGCAGUGCUCAUCAACGACAACGAUGAUUGCUGAUCGCGGUCAGGUGAAAAGUAAUCAGGACUACCGCCGUUUUCCACCCUUACCGCCUUUGCGCUGCGGUCCUCUCGAAGUGGGUUCGGUCGCUUUCGCGAUAUCGUCUUUGCUAAGCUUGAGGAUACCACCUGCAAACCUGCCCACGCCCAUCUUGAGCCCACGUUCCCUCUUCUUUUGUGGUUUCUUCUCGGAUUCAGCCUCGAAGAGCUGUUUCAACGCGGGGUGAUAAUUACCCAUAUGUUUCGCCUGUAUGAGGGGCGUAUUCAAUGCAGGUCUCGUGCGUCAACCACUGGGAGCAUGAGAUGCUUUAAACCCACCUCCUCAAGUUCCUUCUCUCUGCGUUCCGUUUGCUUGGCGAGUAGGCCGUCUCGCACAUGCUUCGCUGCCUUGUUACGCUCUUUCGCACGUACCGCGCUUUCGCCCUUGCCCAACUUCGCCUGCCCAGCCGCUUCGAGCACACGACCUGCCAACGCUUUGCGGCGCUGGGCAGGCGUCAAGUCCAAGGCAGGGUUGAGCGACCCCGACAAUAUAUUUGUAUGCACCAAUUGAUGCAAAAGUUUGUCGUUUUGUGCAUUUGUUCUAAGUUUAGG